CCUGACCAGCGGGCUUUAGAAGACGUAACACACAGGGAAGACAGCAGCGUACACUCUGCUCUAUCACUACAUAUAGUCCUAUUAGACUUCUUCAGCAUAAACACCACAACACAACCUGGGUCUAACACAAGGUAACGGCACUGAAAAUGCCUCUACUGACCUAACAACACAACCAUGUGAGCCAUCGAGUCUUUUUUUCAUUAACAUUUUGUUUGAGGAAAAAAUACUUUUCCACACACAGUGUCUCAGUUACUCAAGAUGUAUUUCAUAAUCCUUACUGUGGACGAUGUUCUCUGUGUGAUCUGAGCCUUUCAAAUGAACUCAAUCCUUCAACGCAGCAGCUGUUAGUUAGCUAAUCCUGAGAGUAAGCAUGUCCCACCUCAGAGCUUCAGCACAGAGAGGAUGUUCCUUCGCUUGGUCUGUAGAAGCUUCCUCUUCUUACCAGAUGACAUCUGUUGAGGCUGCACAUAUCUACAGUUCACCUGAACAUCACCUGAAGGCCAGUGGCUCAGGAGUGCUGUCAGCUUUUCUGGCAUCAGUGGUUGGACCUUCAGCUCUAUAUCUUUGCACUGAUGUUAAUCCUGCAGCAGCACAGUGCACAGCAAAGACAGCUCCCUGUAACAAUGUUUCACUGCAGCCUGUCAACACAUCACUGGCGGAGUGUCUCCUGUCCCGCUUAAGUGGAAAAGUGGAUGUCCUUCUCUUCAACCUUCAGAAGAGGUGGGCAGCACAGGUAUAGAGGCUGCCUGGGCCGAGGGCGAGAGGUGACCGACAGGUUUCUGUCUGUGGUAGCACAGUUGCAAGUGUUCAUACCCAAACCUUGAAAUGAAAUAAAUACAAAUAUAAAAUAAAAAAGACAUAAAAUAAAUGUACAUGAUGCCUGGUGGUUGUUACCACUUAACACCAUGUUGGCUCCCCAUCAGUGAAACUGCUUCCAACACACAUGCUGCAGUGAUGGUUUUGGACAACAGACAAGUCAACAUUGAUCUUGAUAUUGUGUCAAAAGUCAAUAUGUGUCCUCUCUUAUCUGGAACGGCUGUUUGUUUUGGUAUUUAUAAGGGAACUCUUUAUUUUUCUGGUGAAUUAAGUAUGUUGACUUGUGGAGUAAUAGCAGUAGUAAUGCUGGUUGAUGGUAAUCAUUUACUAAACAUUGUAUGACUUGUUAGACAUGUGUAUCUGCUCACACUGUGGGGCUCUAGCUGCCCCCUUGGCCUGUGC